AUGGAAAACGAGCUGGAUCAUCUCAACUGGAACAUCAAGCAUGCUCUGUCGCAGCUUGCGGGGCCUCUGUCGCAAGAACUUGACUCGUGCCUCGAAGUCUCCCCGACAUCGAUGAGCUCGUCCAGCGCGGUUUACAAAAAGCUCCUGGACACGGUGCAAGCGUUGGACAAGCUUCUUGUCACUCUGACCCCGCCUCAUAUGACACUGGUUGAUGGCGUAUUUGCCUUCACGAACAGCAAAGUUCUACUGUGUGCAUCGGAGUAUGCGCUGGCUGAUCAUGUCCAGAGGCUCCAGCCCUGCAGUAUUUCCGAGCUUGCUAAGUCCACCGGUCUGCAUGAGCAAGGCCUCUUCCAAAUCGUUCGAUACCUUCGCGAAAUGGGAUAUUUCCACCAGGACCCGAAAACCGGCAGGCUGUCGAACAACCGACUCUCGGACCUGCUUCGUAAAGACCACUGGGCCACUUGGCUCAACUGGGUCGACUUCUUCCCACGGGAGUACUACGACCUGAUCUCACGUCUGCCUGACCAGCUCAAGAGCGACCAGCCCAAAACCGCUACUGAACUCUUCUACAACACCGACAAGCCCAUCUACCAAUACCUAGCCGAAACAGGACGAAUCGCCGACUUCCACAAAGUUACCGGCACCGGAAGCGUAGUCGAGGCUCCGGGCCUGCUGGCUGAUUAUCCCUGGGGCGAAGUCAAAUUCGAGACCGUCAUGGACAUUGGUGCGGGCGCCGGAGACUUCAUCCGUUCGUAUCUGGAGCGAUUCCCGGACGCCACGGCGGGUGCCUUUGAGCUCCCAUCGACCGCAGAGCUUCUGCAGCAGAAAUUCCCUCCAGAAGAUCCACUGACUAGUCGACUCGUCACCGUGGCUGGAGGAGAUUUCUUUAAAGACGAGAUUCCGAAAUCGUCCGUCUACUUGCUUCGAUGGAUUUUGCAUAACUGGGGCGAUGACGAAUGCGUAAAGCUCCUUCGUCGUAUUCGAGAUACCAUCAUCCUGACCCCCGGAAUCAGUCGAGUGCUGAUUGUGGAAUCCGUUCUGUUCGAUGGCCGUCUGGGUCGCGGGGCACGAUAUGCGGAUAUUCGUAUGCUAGCUCGGUGCAGAAACAAGGAACGCACGCUGGAGGAAUACAAAAUAUUGGCCGAGGAGGCUGGAUGGCGCCUUGACAGGGUUGUCUCCCCGCGAGGUUGUCUCACGCAGAUUCUUGAUUUGCGCCCGAUGGGGGCAAGCUCAGUGUCGCCGAAGCUGGGCUGUAAUGGCAAAGGGGGCUUAGAAUGGGAAUCUGAGUUGAGAUAA